AUGUUGAAUAAACAAUACUACAUGAGUAUAACUGUAAUGUUUAUCUAUAUAUUGAUAAGUUCAAUAUACAUAGGAAAUUCGGCAGCUUUAAAAUGUUAUGUUUGUCAAAAUUGUACAAAUGUCACAGCGAAAGCCAACUUCACAAUUGGCAAUAACUGUAAAUUCUGUCAGAAAAUAGUUAGACUGAAAAAUGGUUUCUUAAACUCUACAACAAGGAGCUGUCUAACGGAUACAUGUGUUAACUCGAAUAAAUCAGAAUCACCUUGGUUAAAUAUUACUACAUGUUGUACAAAACCAGAUCUAUGCAAUCAAUCAGUCAGAACAACAUCUAAAAUGAAUAUUCAAUUCAUUUGGAUACUUUUUAGUAUAUGGAUAUGGUAUAACUGCUGA